UCUUCGUGAACCCGCACGUUAGACGCAUUCGUGGCACCUCCCAUCAACAGAAACAGAAAAGUGUAGUGUCGUCCACGCUGUUUCUAUGUUGAAUAAUGGCGAAACGCCUUGAUGCGUGUCCAGUACGGCUAACAUAAAAUAAAAGGAAAUAUCUGUUCUUAGAUUACACCAGAAUACACCUUAAAACUGUCGAUUGUCCUAAGCAACGUUAAAUUCCCCAUGCACGCAGCUUUCACCCCAACUGAUCCUGGAUCUUCUCUGCGAGUUGGUAGCCUUCAGGUCAAAGCUGCCUCUGCUACAAAGUCUACACAGAGUAAGCUGUAGUAAAACAAGGCUUGUCAGUGUACAAUAGGCUGAAAGCCCAGCCAUUAUGACAAAGAAAGCAAGACGGCCAACAGAGCCAGAAGAGUCUCUAUGCUGCUGUGAGUUUGUGAGCCAUGAAGGAGAACGGACCCAUAUGGCAGCUUGCUUUUGUGACUGUGAGCACCUGGAUGAGGCCUGUGAUAGGUGGUUCAAGGGGGAGGCCCAAAAGGAGAGCACCCUCUCGCAGGUGGCUGCAGUAGUGCGGGACAGACUGCGGGUGCCCUGGCCCCGUGGGGCAAGGCGGGUGGACCUGUCUGUCAUUCCGCCACUGGUGCUGCUUCCUGUUUUCCUGCACCUGGCAGCAUUGCACUUGCUCCUGGGUGUGUUGGUGAUGAUUGGGCUGCCAGUGCUGGUGCUGUGGUACUACUAUGCCACACACCGGAGAAAGAGCCAAACCCUCUUCUUCCUAAGCCUCGCCCUUUUCUCCCUGGGCUACAUGUACUACCUCUUCCUCACAGAGGUGGUGCCACGGGGUGAUGUGGGCCUUCUGCAGCUCUGCACUGUGACAAUGGGGGUGGUGUUGACCUUGUUCUUUCUCACCCUGACCAAGAGGGACCCAGGGUAUUUGCGGCCCCGCCCAGCCGACACUAAAAACACUGUGACCAAUCAUGGCGAUCCUCCUGAGCUUGCCUGCUCCCCCCGCAAUGGUGUGAAUCCAGCGGAGCAGUUGUGUAUGAUGCAGAGUGGGAGGGCGAAGAGUCAAUGGUGCAGCACCUGCAGGAUUCUGCAGCCUCCUCGGGCCGGGCACUGCCGAAUCUGUGGUUUCUGUGUCCGCCGCCUGGACCACCACUGUGUCUGGAUAAACAGCUGCGUGGGACGGGCCAAUCACCGCUGCUUCCUGCUGACGCUCCUCCUCUUCCUGUUAACAUCAGUGCAAGGGAUAAGCCUGGUUCUGCACAGUGUGUGUCCCAAGCAGAACGUGCUGUUUUCCCUAUUCUACUGCCCUGGGGUCUAUACCCAGUACAGCAGGGCAUUGUGUUUCACCUGUUCCUGGUACUGCAGCAUUGUGACAGGAGGGUUGCUGUACCUGCUCAUAGUACAGCUCUUCAAUGUCAGCUACAAUGUGACAGAGCGUGAGGUGCGACUAGCCCUACGUCAUAAUCAGGGGCGAAGACACUGGGGCCUUAUUAUCGAUACCGGGACCUACUCUCAUGGUUUUCUCAGCAACUGGACUGAGUUCCUGACCAUGAAUUCUUCCACUGAUACCCCCUCCUUUCGGCUUCAUGACCUUGUGUAGAGCCCUGUUUCUCUUAUUUCAAAGACCUGGAGUUGAUGCAGAAGCAAAAUAUAUUUUGCCAUGGUGCUGUUUGGUAGUGAAGUUCAAUGCUGUGAUCUCGGUACACGUGCACUUGACUUCACCUCCUGUCAGCACGUAUUCAGUUCUCUUUUGUAGUGAGUUGUGGUUAGCUUCCUGGCUUUACUACUGUACAUUGCUGGAUGCCAGUAUGGUAUCACUAGGCCACAUGCAGAUGAACUAGCCUGUGGCCUCGUGACUAAGGUACAUAACUUGGGACUGAACCAGCAACCUUAUGACCAUGAUAACCCAUGAUAAGAUCUGUGCAUUUAUUUGGCCAUUGAGCAAGUCCCCAAGUUCUGUUCCUCUGAAAAAACUAUUCAACUUUCAGGAUAAUACCACAUUUUGAAUGAUUAUGCCAUGUGUAUGGUGAAAUUAGUAUAAUUAUUUACUAUUUCUAUCCUUGGAGUCAGUGUUCUCAAAACCUGAUUCUGAAUAAUAUUACAGGACUCCACAGAACCAUUUUUCUCAAUGCAUAGUCAUCCUGUCAUAAAACUUGGAAAACCUUUAGUCCAUAUCCAAGAGAGUGUUUUGAGCUAAUUGUUUUCUUGUUAUAAGAGGGGCAUCAGAAAUCUCAUUGUUAGAUCCUGCAAUUUCAUAAUUUUUCUUCAUGAAAAAUGUGACAUUUCUAGAAACAUUUUCUCAGAAUUUAUCUUUUCAAGUCCAUUCCUCAUGAUAAUUCAAGUAUGUGCCUCUGUAAUGAUCUGGUUGACCAAAGAUGCCUUUUCAGUGGAACAUAACCUUACCCCGCAUUGCUUCAGGGGGGAUUGGCCCCUGCUUAUCAACUGUAAGUUGCUUUGGAUAAAAGUGUCAUGUAAAUAAUAUAUUAUUAUUAACUCUGUUGAUGUAAAUGUGAUCAUGUGUAUAUUUGAGAUAUUAUCCAGUUGAGUUUUGGCAAAAUACUGCCCUUGUGUCUCUUUGAAGGCAUACUAUGCAAGAUUUCUCACUCCUGUGUUUGCAUACAAAAAACGUCUAUGCCACAUUCUCAACCCUGCCAUUGCAGAUGACUGUAUGCUGUGAUCGGAGCUUAGAUGAGCUACCACUCAUUAAACAUAGCACCCUUCUAGUGUUAAAUGUGAGCAGAGCUGCAUUUGAUCAUUUUCAGUACAAACAUUUUUGGUGGCAUAUUGAUGAUUUGUACAGUUUUUAAAAAUGUUGAAUAUCAGGAGAGAACACAUGUUCUAAUUUUCACAAACUUAACUAGUUUCAUGAGUUUUAUUUAAGCCAUACAGACUUUGUACAGAAACUGGUCAUAACAGAAUGCUUAUUGCCUACAUGCCUGUACUGCAUGAACUACAUGUAUGAUUGGUUUUUUUUUGUUAAUUAAAUUCAGCAAGGUGUGCACAUCAGUAUCUCCACCUGUGCAUAUUGCAAUGCAUAUUGAGAUAAAAGCUUUCCAAAUAACCAUUAUUCACUGAAAUUGGUUUUGGAUCAAUAAAGAUAUCAAAUAUG